CGCCACGCAGAUGAUUCUUCAAUCGUGGAUAAUUUCCAAUCUAACGGUCGCGAUUUCAUUUCCGGCAAGUUCCCACGGGGAUCGCCACGGUGUUCUAAACACUACUAUAGUAUAUAACCUUGCCAGCAACACUUCAAAUCUCAAGCUAUCACAACUCAUCAACAUCCAAUUCUAACAAAGCACCGAAAUCACAGCAACUAUCUAGGGUUCGAAAUGGACGCAAGCACAAAGACAAAGAAGGGAGCCGCAGGAAGGAAAGGAGGAGGACCAAGGAAGAAAUCAGUAACCAGAUCCGUCAGAGCUGGACUUCAAUUUCCCGUUGGAAGAAUCGGUCGUUUCUUGAAGAAAGGUAGAUACGCUCAACGUGUUGGUACUGGUGCUCCAGUUUACUUGGCUGCAGUUCUCGAAUAUCUUGCUGCUGAGGUUCUUGAGUUGGCUGGGAAUGCAGCACGUGACAACAAGAAGAAAAGUAUCAGUCCAAGACAUUUGUUGUUAGCUGUGAGGAAUGAUGAAGAGCUUGGAAAAUUGCUUGCUGGUGUUACUAUUGCUCGUGGUGGUGUUCUUCCUAACAUCAACCCAGUGCUUUUGCCUAAGAGGACUGAAAGUGCUGCUACUGCUCCCAAGUCGCCUUCCAAGGCAAGGAAAUCUCCAAAGAAGGCUUAGAUUAGUUUUCUGACUUGUGUGUAUAACCGAGCUCUAGGUCUUUCUAUGUAACAGAAUGAUUUAUUGCUUCUGAAAAAAUCUAAUUCGAUUUCACUGUCUCUGAUCAAGUAUUAGUAAAUGAACUAUUCAGUUGAAACAACUUGCUUCAACUGUCUUGCUUUUCCUAA